CUUCAGGCAAGCUAUGCUGAAAAUUCCGAUUUUGAUGUCAGGGAAGUAAAUCAGGACACAAGCAUGCAAGAAGCCGCUGCACUAAGUGGCUGCAAUAUCUGCGUGAAAGAGGGGUUAUCUCUUCCUGUGGAUCCACAGAUGCCACUCAAAAUGUGGGCCCGCAGGGAGACCUCCCCGGACAGAAAACCCCUCAGCAGCAGCCGCAGGCAAUGCUACAUCAGAAAUAAGCCGAGUAGCAAAAAUUCAGAAGACAGCAAGCUUUCCUUGCCUCAACGCCAACCCUCGAAUGACGCUCCACCUCAGGCAAAUUAUCUGCCACCCUACGAUUCCAACCCAAAUCCAUUCAGGCCGUCAUAUCCGUUCGGCUCAUUCCAACCUCAACCUGCCCCUGCGUUCGCUCAGGCUUCAUUUCCAAACCCUCCCUAUAAAUUCGGAUUCGGCCAGAACAAUUAUUAUGGCCCAGCACUCCCGUCUUCUCGGAUUUUCUACAAUCAAAUGUCCGGGGAUCCUUAUGCGGCCCAUAAUUUCCCUUCAUUCAGAUCGAACACCGACGAUGAGAGCGCGAGAGGCAGAAUUGAGGUUUCGGAAGAAGCAGCAAGCACACAAAAAGAAGCCUCUGGUGAUCGCAAACGGAGUUUGAACUCGACGAUUUCCGCCCAACUGAGAUCAUCCAAGCCAUCGUUUCCUCGCUUGGAAGCCAAAAAUGUUUUUAACAGGCCAGAAAACUCCCGAGUAGCCAAGCAACAUCAGCCGAAAGCUUCAGCUCCCAAUCUUUCAUCACCGACGGCUCAACCUCGCGCCCAUCCUGGCGCUUCAGGCUUUAGAAAUCAGCCAAUGCGUCCUCUGAACCGGUCUCCUCAACGUGUUGAACACGGACCACUCCCUGCACUUUAUCAAGGAAGUAAAGAACCAGCUUUUAGCCGCAGACUCACAAGCUCCCAGUGAACAUGUGUAGUUUUUCAUAUAAAU